GCGGAGCGGCGGCAGCGGAACCGGCGGCACCAUGGAGGGCGGCGGCGGCGCCUACGGGGCGGCCAAGGCCGGCGGCGCCUUCGACGUGGGGCGCUUCGUGCAGCAGCCGCACGUCGUGGCGCGGAUCGCCAGCGCGAUCUUCUCCCUGAUCGUGUUCUGCUGCCUCAUCGGGGAGGGCUACACCAACGUGCCCACCUCCUCCGAGCUCUUCUGCAUCUUCAACCACAACGAGGACGCCUGCCGCUACGGCAUCGGCAUCGGCGUCCUCGCCUUCCUCGCCUGCAUCUUCUUCUUCCUCGUGGACAUCUACUUCCACCAGAUCAGCAACGCCACCGACCGCAAGUACCUGGUCCUGGCGGACCUCAGCUUCUCAGGGCUCUGGACGUUCCUGUGGUUCAUUGGUUUCUGUUUCUUGACCAACCAGUGGGCCUGGACACCGGCCAAAGAUGUGCGUGUUGGGGCUGACUCUGCCCGAGCUGCCAUCACCUUCAGCUUCUUCUCCAUCUUCUCAUGGGGAUUCCUGAUUGCCUUUGCUUACAAGAGGUACAAGAUGGGGGUAGAGGACUUUGCUCACAACUACGUCGACCCUACCCCAGAGGUCUCAGCUCCCUACUCCAGUUACCCGAACGUCAGCCACGACAGCUAUCAGCAGCCACCCUUCACCCACACUGCGGACACCUCGGGGGGUUACCAGCCGCCGCCGGUGUACUGAGCCCCGUGCCAGGCAGUCCAGCAGGGACACCUGUGCAAGUGCAAUUGUGUUUCAUGGGGUGGGGAAGGUCUUGUAACUUGAAUGGGGAAGGUGGGGGGGCAGGACGGUGGUGGCUGCUUUAUGUUAAGGUCACUAGGCUUUGGUGCUGGUAUAUAGAAGGAGAGACCGCCUGGUCCUUGUGGAGCUGUAAGCUUUCCAGCUGGGAAUGGGAGUGUAAUGUGUAGCAGUGAUAUGUGAGUGCUGGGUGCAGACCUGCUGCUUGCAGUGAACUCUCCCUGGGAAGAUGCCAUGUGCAGACUCCCAUGCACAGUAUCUGCUCUGCCUUCCUUCCUGGCUCUGGAGAGGCUGAGCUCCUUUCCUUUCUGUUGUGCCUCUGGGGAAGCAGCUGUGGGAGGAAGCAGUGGUGUGUGGUUUUCAAUCCUCCCAGGCCUGGCCCCUAGUUUUGGCUUCGGCAGUGCCAUUGUGACUGCUGCCCUGACCUGUCCUUACACUGUUGCCUUUGCCAGUCCUGCUGGCUUUGAUUCCCUAAAGUGCCACCUUUUACUUCUUCAGUGAGUGUCUUAACCCCCAGUGCAGCUGGACAAUGCAGCCCAGCUCCUGCCUGCCUUUGAGCUCUUGUGCCUUCCUGCCUUCCCUCAGCUGCUGCUGCUGGGGGAGCUUGAUGCCAAAGCCUUAUGUUUAUUAACUUCCUUGUACCAUGCCUCCCCCUAAAGCCUGCACUAUGACUGCUGGUGCUCACAUGAAAGGGUUUGGGAUCUCUGGAAGCAGCAAGCCCUGGUCUCUCUUACAGCAGGGCCAUGGCCCAAUCUUGUCCACAGCUCCACCUGCUACUGAGGAAGGUCCUCGUGAAGCAUCUCCACUGCUGACUCAGUCCGCAGUAGUGCCUGCCUUCCUCACUUGCCUUCCACUAGGCGUGGUGUGUCCAGAGAAGCCAAGCUGUAGUCCUGUGUGCUACAUGCUGCUCUGUGAGCAAAGCUCUGCUCAGCAGCUCAUUUUCUCCCCAGGCUUUGAGUUGUGCCUCUCUGCAUUUGGGCUAUGCAGACUGGCUUGUCUCAGGUUGUAUUUUUCUGCUGCACCUGUUCCUGGCAGCACUAUGAGGUAUGUGAACUAUAGCUGCUGGGGCUGAUACUGAAGUGUUCCUUUGUUUGCCACUGUAGAGAUGGAAUAAACUUUUUCACUUAGCCACCA